AUGGCGUACGAGGAGUCGCAGGACACGAGCCGGGUCGGGGAGUGGCGUUCCAUUGUGACCCUCGUCGUGUUCGUCCUGACAAACGUCAAUGUCCUGUUUCCGUUUCACAUUCCCAUAUUCGUCCCCCGGAAGCUGUCCAACCUCUUUCUCGAUGCCCUCGCCGCAAUCCGCAUCAUCCCCAAACGGCAACGGAAUGCGCCGCCGCCACGGCCACCAGGCGUCAAGAGCGACGCCAGCACCAAUGUCGCACAAGGCGCAGACGUCCCUGUCGACACCGACGACGAUGACGACAACAACGGUAAGAUCAAGCCGUACGUGCGGCUCAACUUCCCCAUGAACUUCGUCACCGCGCCUCUCAUCGCCGACCUCUUCCUGCUCGCCAUCCAGGCCAUCGGCCGUCAAGAGGUCCACGACGGCACCAUCGGCGCUGACAACAUCUCACCUAUUGACAUCAUGGCCUUCUUCAUCACGCUCGCCUACAUCGCCAUCUCCAUUGACGCCUCGGGCCUCAUCCGCUACCUCGCCUUCAAGGUCCUUCAGUGGGGCGGCAAGGUCGGCCACCGGCUCUUCUUCUGCUUGUACGCCUUCUUCUUCGUCCUCGGCAGCUUCAUAGGCAACGACCCCAUCAUCCUAUCCGGCACUGCUUUCCUCGCCUACAUGACGCGCGUGUCCAGCAAUAUCGUGCAUCCGCGCGCCUGGAUCCACACGCAGUUUGCCAUUGCGAACAUCGCCUCGGCCAUCCUCGUGUCUUCCAACCCGACGAACCUGGUCCUCGCCGGUGCCUUCAACAUCAAGUUCAUCAAUUACACCGCCAACAUGAUCGUGCCCGUCGUGGCAACGGCCGUCAUCCUCUUCCCGUUCUUGCUGUACAUCGUCUUCGCCGACGAAUCCCUCAUCCCGUACUCCAUUAACAUGCACGAGCUACCCGACGAAGUCAAGGACAAGAAACCCGUCAACCCGAACAUUCCACAUGCGCGCGGCCACGUCGAGGAGGACGAGUCGGACCUUGCCAACAACGAACAGGGCAAGCUGCUUUCUUUGGAAGAAAUCAUGAACCCCUUCCUCGACAAGGGCGGUGCCGCGUUUGGCGCCGUCAUCAUGGCCGCGACGCUCAUCACCGUGCUGGCCCUCAACGCCGCCAGCACCAAGGACGGUCCGCAUCCUGUCUUCUGGGUCACGCUUCCGGCAGCCUUCGUCAUGUUCUGCUGGGACUUGGGCUUCGGAUGGUACCACCGCGCCGAGACUCGUGAGAUCGCGCGCAAGGGCAGGCAGGAUGUCGAGACCGCGAGAGCAGAGCGCGCGAUCCGGCUGCAACACGAGCGCCGCAUGUCCACAGCCUCUGGCGGACAGGCUUUCGAGAUGUCCUCAAGGACGAGCAAUGCCCAAACCCGCAAAGGGUCUGGACAGGACGCACCCGAGGGGGUUCUGCCACACCCACCUACACCUGCAAUUCUUGUGUCCGAGGGCACGGGCGACGAAAAGGACCUCAUGCCCAGUCAGACAGAUACGCUGGCGUGCUCACAAGUCACGUCGACCUCUGACAUGGCCAAGCAAGACCCCGCCCUGACCAGCGACCUGAGUUCGUUCGAAGAAAAGAACCGCCAAGAUAUCAAGCCGGUCGCUCAGGGCGUAUUCCUCCCGUCUUCGCCCAGCGAUGGGACCGACCAGAUCCCCGACCGGCACAUCCCCGACGUCGCCUUGCCGCCUCCGCAUCGCGGCCCGACCACAUUGGUCUCUCUGGGCGAAGACGCCCUGCGUUGGUCCCAGGAGACCUUCCCCACGGCCGCAGCAGUCGCUCUCCAUCUCCCUUUCGCGCUCGUGCCGUUUGCCUUUUGCAUGUUCGUCCUCGUCCAAGGUCUCGUCACCAAGGGCUGGGUCCCGGUCUUCGCGCACGGAUGGGACCACUGGGUCAACAAGACGGGCACCGUCGGCAGCAUCGCCGGAAUGGGCUUCCUUUCAGUUGUCCUGUGUAAUUUCGCUGGAACAAACAUUGGCACCACCAUCCUGCUGUCCCGGGUCAUUCAAUCCUGGCAGGCCAUCCACAAGGCCACGGGCGAGCCCAUAUCGGACCGCACCUUCUGGGCUACUGUCUACAGCAUGGCCAUCGGCGUCAACUACGGUGCUUUCAGCACCGCCUUCAGUGCUUCGCUCGCGGGCUUGCUCUGGCGGGAUAUCCUCGCUCGCAAGCACAUCCGUGUGCGCAGUCUCGACUUUGCGCGCGUCAACCUUCCAAUCAUCACCAUUGCCAUGAUUGUUGGAUGCGUGGUUCUCGUGGGCCAGAUUUACAUCACGAGGGGGGAGGGCCCGUACGACGCUUAA